GGCGUAAUCCUGAAAUCUGAGGGGAUUUAGAGGAGAUUUUGUUCCUUUUUGUUUUAUCUAUGGUACAGAUGUGACCUGUGUCUUGAACCAGGUGUGCUUGGACUUGCCAUGGUCUCCAAAGACAACGCUAACUCUGGCUCUGGUGGCAAGACAACCUGUAUAAAGAAACAAAAGUGUAUGAUGAACAAUUCUCAAAAGGCUGGGAAGCUUUACAGGGAUGCACAGCAGACCAUAUUUCGACCAGAACUGACGUUAGAGGAACAUACAGACCUCCAGAAACACAAUGAUUGCGGAAGAAUGGAAAAGAACGGUAUUACGGAGACGGCUAAUGAACACAGAUGUAUCAUAUGGAGUGUUUCCAAUGUCCAAAAUCUUAAAGAAAUGCAAUAUUUGCACCGUGAGGCUGAGGACAGUCUUAUAGACGCAUCAUUGGACAUUGACAAGUCUUCUCUUAUGGGAUUUAUUGACUCCAGUAACCUGGAGAGCUCUGAGGAUGUUCAGACCGUUCCGUGCAUCCAGGUGGACAUUAGGACAGACGUGGUGUUAAUCGAUGAGGACGAUGAUGAUAUGUCCCUAAGGGAGCGGACAGUGACAGAUGUGUCUACAACGGACGGAAAUGCAGCCGAGCUUGUGUGUGGGAGAAACCAGUCCAUCUCUUCUGGCUCAUCCCACUCUUUGUUUGAAGGGCGGCGCUCAGCCAUGGACACGCCUCAAGAGGUGCAGGAGGCGCCCAAAAAACACAAACAAUCCUGCUGCCUCUGUGUUAUUAUUUGAGGUUUUUCUGAAAAGACUUUAACGGGGACAUGUUCUACACUUUUAAAGCAUUUACCCCCCUUAAGUCUACUUAAAAUGUGUGUCAAGUUUUCUUGUGCAAAAACAUUUUUGUUACAUGAUCAUUUUCAACCUGCUCUUAUAGAUACACGUUACCUAUAUUUAUUCAAAAUAAUUUUUACAUGUUUUUUUUGUACAUAUUGUGGCAGUUUCCUGGUGAAACAAAUCAUGAAGGGCAUCUGCACACUAGGGAAAGCUCAGAUGGAGCAUGGGAAUGCGAAAGGUCUGUUUGAAUCAGAAUCUGCUUUAUUGCCAAGUAUGCUUAAACAUACAAGGAAUUUGUCUCGGUGACAGGAGCUUCCAGUGCACAGCAAUACAAAAACAGCAGCAAUUUUAAUUGUUCAUGAGAUGGAUAGCCUGAGGGAAAAAACUGUUCCUGUUCUGGUUGGUGCUCAGAGCUCUGAAGCGUCGGCCAGAAGGCAACACCUCAAAAAGCUAGUGGGCUGGGUGAGUGGGGUCUAGAGUGAUUUUUCUAGCCUUUUUCCUCACUCUGGAAAUGCACAGUCCUUGACGGGAGAGCAGGGGGCAACCAAUAAUCCUCUCAGCAGUCCGAACUGUCCUUUGUAGUCUUCAGAUGUCUGGUUUCAUAGCUGAACCAAACCAGACAGUAACUGAAGUGCAGAGGACAGACUCAAUGACUGCUCAGUAGAACUGUUUCAGCAGCACCUGUGGCAGGUUGAUCUUCCUCAACUGGCGAAGGAAGUACAACCUCAGCUGGGCCUUUUUCACAAUGGAGUCAAUAUGUGUCUCCCACUUCAGGUCCUGUGAGAUGGUAGUGCCCAGGAACCUGAAUGACUCCACUGCUUCCACAGUGCUGUUCAGAAUGGUGAGCGGGGUCAAUGUUGGGGUGUUCCUCCUAAAGUCCACUAUCAUCUCCACUGUGUUCAGCUUAUUCAGCUCAAGGUUGUUAUGACUGCACCAGACAGCCAGCCGUUCAGCCUCACUUCUGUAGACUCAUUGUCAUCUCGGAAGGUGUGUACCAGAGGGAAGAGGUGAUUCAGUUUGAAAACAAGCUGCAAUCCAGUGACUUAAGAUAGAGAUGGCUAUCUAAAAUAUAUAUUUUCGACAAGCACCGCGUGUAUUCAUUCUUCCACGUUUUUUCGUUUUCACAGUGCAGCAAGUCCAACUUUUCAGAGAUUCUCAUUGAUUCUCAUUUCCGAGAUUCCCACAGAUUAUCAGUUCAUAAACACUCACUUUUCGCCGUCUUCCUAGCACAGUGCUGUCUAAUGACGUCAAAACACUAUUACUAUACAUGUAAUGCACCACAUAAUAUCAUUUUGCUAAAAUGUUGCCAUAGUCGUAUUAUUUUCAUGAGAUCAGGCUCUUAUUAACCAGAAUGUUUUUUGUGAUUGUACCGUAAAGUCAACAUGAAAUGAAAUUAAUAAACCAUUUAAUUUCUGUAAUGUAACACAGU